GAAAUAAAUUUGAAAAAUGUGAAAACUGAAACAGUUAAAACAUAAAAAGGAAAACUUUCAAAAAAAAAAUCAUAAAAAGGAAGAAUGAGCUGGUAAUAAUCAAGAUGUCAAGGUAAGAAAAUUAAUGAAUAAAAAGAGGAUUUGCCAGCUUGAAAAGAGAGUGUAAGAAGUUAUUAACAGAGCAGAGUCUCACUAAAUAACUGUAAGUCUGGUGUGUUCGGUCAGCCUGCCCGAACAAUAACUUGUAACAUCCCACACGAACUCAUCUCUCUAUAUAUAAACAUGCUUGCACAGAUUGUUAUUUCCUCUCAAACAACCCUAAACGAAUAAAAGCUUGUCCUCUCAUCAUGGCAUCAUCUCAUCCUCAGUUCUACUCCGAUUUCACAUUUUCCGGUGAGACUCCGUCGCAGUUUCACGGCUCGUCUUCAUGUCCUGACGUCUCAGCUCUAUCCAAUUACUUUGACGACGGCUACGGCUCCUUCAACCCAACUUCUAACCCGGAAUCCACGUUUUUCCCGCAAGUUUUUGGGGUUUCUGACGUUUAUGUGCCGGAUUACAACAAUUACUACCAGAAAGUGGGUGAGAAUGUGAAUGGCACACAAUAUUUUCAUGUUGGGGAUCAAGAGUACUACGGCUAUUCACAGGAGAUCAAGUCCUUGUUCCAUCUGUCCACUGGAGAGCAAUCCUGGCAGGGAAAUAGUGAAGGAGGGACACAAGCUGAGCCGAACACAAAAGUGGGACGCUAUUCGGUUGAAGAACGUAAAGACAGAAUCAUGAGGUACUUGAAGAAAAAGAACCAACGCAACUUCAAUAAGACUAUCAAGUAUGUGUGUCGUAAAACCCUAGCUGAUCGGCGUGUUCGUGUUCGAGGACGGUUUGCAAGAAACAAUGACACAUGUGAGCAACAAUCUCACAUGUCUAAGAAUCACAACAACCAUUCUGAAAAAGACGAAGAUGUGUUUUCUGGAUCAGACGACUAUCUAAACCAGCAGAUGGAAACCGACGAUAGAUGGCUUCAAGAGGCAAUGUCUAGUCUGAUUUCAUUUCCUUGUGAAUUGAACGCUCCUGCAGAUGCUCAUCAUCCAAACACAUGGAGCUUCUGAUCCUAUGCUACCUCUCUCUUUACUGCUGAAUCAAUUAAUUAAUGUGGCUUGGUAUAAAAUGUGAUCGAUUAGUUCUGUUUCAUUAUAAUUACGCAGGUUAGUUAUUUUAUGAUAUAUUUGUUAUCAUAAUAUACUUAAUUAUUCAUAGGGUUAAUGAACAUGAAGAUUCUCCUUAGAAUAUAAAUAAAAGAACUUCAAUUGAUCAUCAUAUUUUUGAUUGUCACUUGGUCAUCAAAUCCAUGACGUGAGAAUAAUUUCAACCAAUAGUGAACUCAAUACAAGGGCAAAUUGUUCCUGCUAAUUAAUUUAUUACUGUCUUU